AUGAGCAAAUUCCAGAUAAUAGACUCACACAUUCAUCUUUUCCCAGAAAGUCAUCUGAAAACCCUAUCCUGGCACAGCCAAGCCAACCCACUAGGAGCGCAGCACAGCGUAUCCGAAUACCGACAGGCUAUAUCCCCCCAGGUUCGGGGCUUCAUAUUCCUCGAAACUGACCGAAUCUCCUCCCUAUCACCAAGCGACUGGAAUCAUGCCUUAGAUGAGGUCUCUUUCCUAACGCGCAUUGCACUAGGGACUCCUGUCCCGGGCGAGGGCCAUAACCCAGAAGACAAACAUCUCUGUUUAGGGAUUGUUCCUUGGGCGCCGGUUCCCGCUGGUGCGGAUGCGGUGGCGCAGUACUUAGAUCUUGUACGCGAGCGCAGUGGUGAUGCUUGGAAGGCUGUUAAGGGAGUGAGAUAUCUUGUGCAGGAUAAAGCUGCGGGGACAAUGGUUGAGGAUGGGUUUGUGGAUGCGCUGAGAUAUUUGAGAAGGCAGGGCAUGACGUUUGAUCUUGGGGUUGAUGCUAGAAGUGGAGGGCUGGGGCAGUUGAGGGAGGCUGUUGAGAUGAUGAAGAGAGUCAAUGAUGAGGGUGAUGGGGUGACGAUUGUUAUUAAUCAUAUGUGCAAACCUAACCUUCGGCUGGAUGAUGUGGAUGUGCGAUCGAAUCCCGAGUUUUUGGAAUGGAAGGAUCUUAUUGAAGAAUUGGCUCGCGCACCGCAUACAUACAUGAAGCUUUCCGGAGCAUUCUCGGAAUUGCUGCCCUUGGGAGACGAGGUUGACAUUGCGAAGAUAGCGGAUUGUGUCAGACCAUGGACUGAUGUUGUGUUCGAUGCUUUCGGGGCUGAGCGUGUGAUGUUUGGGUCAGAUUGGCCCGUUUGCAAUGUUGGCGGAGGAGGCAAUGAUGUGUCGUGGGGGAGAUGGAAGUCUGUUGUAGAGAAAGUCCUGGAGCAAAGAGGGCUGUCUGAGGACGAGAAGAGAGGUGUCUGGGGAGGUGUUGCUCUACGUGCUUAUGGAAUUGAGAUAUAG